CUGAAUGCUUCCAUCAUCCAUCGUCCAUCCCGCUACCGUAGCUUCAACAGCUUCGUUUCACCCAUGACAUAACAUCGAGAAACGACAACUCAUACCACCCCGAAUGGAAUCAGCGCAAAAUACGCCGGGCUCUUUGAGCUGGCGCCUCAGUUCGCACCCGAUUACUCUGCUGACCUUCCUCGCAUUCCGCAUCUCAUCCCUCCUAGUCUACCUCUUCGGCGUAAUCUUCACCAACAACAUGGUCCUAAUCUUCAUCAUCACGAUCCUCCUCCUCGCCGCCGACUUCUACUACCUCAAGAACAUCGCAGGCAGACGAUUAGUCGGCCUACGCUGGUGGAACGAAGUCGACCCUUCGUCGGGCGACAGCCGCUGGGUAUUCGAGAGCAGCGACCCUGCCACGCGCCAGAUCAACCCGACCGACAGCCGCUUCUUCUGGCUGGCCAUCUACGCGCAGCCCGUGCUAUGGGUUGCGCUCGCCAUCCUCGCCUUGGUUCGACUUAAGUUCAUGUGGUUGCCUCUCGUCGCCAUCGCGCUCACCCUAACCAUCACCAACAGCCUAGCCUUCUCGCGCUGCGACAAGUUCAGCCAGGCCUCCAACCUCGCCGGUAGCGCCCUCUACUCCGGUAACAUCGCCGGAAGCCUCGCCAGCAAUAUGGUCGGUCGCAUCUUCACCUUCGGACGCUCGUAGCCGUGUUCAGUACCUCUUCCCCGAACCAAUUCUCCGCCGCCCACUUAUUCGUUGAGACCGAAGUCGGAUGUUAUUCACAACUGCUAUUAUUACCAAAAGGAAAAGGAGUUUAACUCAAUGUGCCGGGGUAUUUUCAGGGCCAAACUCAUCAGGUUCAGAUACAGAAGGAACUUGAUAGUGUCCUGCGAUGUAUUUUGCGUUUAUUACAGCAAUGCCGGGACGAAGAAGAACCCGCUGUAAUAGUAUGGUAUGACUUAAUGAACUGAGAGCUAGUUAUGUAUCUAGCUAUUUCGAAGGGAGAUUGAUAAAUAUCCUGUCGUACCGAGUGUAUAUAUGUAUCCAGUAAACUACCUACGACCUACCUGACUUCAACCUUAUCCCUCCAAUGGUGAGGCGAACUAAGGUGUUUAGUAGUUACACCAACAGCAGCAGCAGUAGAUUUAGCGAAGCUCAUCGUGCCA